AUGGACCCGAUUCCGCCGUACGACUUCCACAAGUACGUGUUCGCCGCCCGAUGCGCCGUCCUCUCGUGCUCUUCCGUCGAGGUACCUUAAUCCCCUUCGUUCCCCCUCGAAACUCGAUUCUGCAGAUUCUUCUGAUGCUCUUCGGCGCUCUGAGUGACAGCAGCAUCCUCGCCAAACUCUUCUACUUGCUUUUCCUUGCCGUUUCGACCGCCGUUUCCGCGCACAACAUCGCGCUGAACGUGGACGGAAGAGCCGAGAUCGGGAAGGUUCUCGUCUCCGGCGACAGCGAAGUCCGCGCCAAAUCGACGGUUCUCGUGAUCGCUCCCGUAUUCUCCGGAAUCUUUGUCUUUUUGUGCGUCUCCGGCCACGCCUCCUUCUCGUUUUUCGUGCUCAUCCACGUGCUCGCCGCCGUCGGACAGCUCGGAUUGGAGGCGCACGAGGUGAUCAGGGGUUCGAGGAAAUUAGAUGCCAACGUUCCCAAUCUUUCAGGUAAACAACUUGAUCCCAGCUGUUCCGUCGGUCUCUUCCGAUACUCCGAUGCCCCAAUCCCUGCCGCAAACCCCCCAGCCGGACCCUCGGGCCUCUCCGAUCCAGCCGCCGGCCGACCGGAAUGCGAGAGCGGCCACUCACGAUCCGAAUUACCAGACAUUGAACAACAUCCACAACGACGUCUUCGCCAAGAAGUGA